AGUCUCGGAAUAAUCCAUAAGAAAGGCGUACCCUAUUGGCCUCAAAGUAACGGAGGAGUUGAACGUUGCAACGAAACCUUGUUGAAGAUCGUUAGGAUUGCCAGAAUUGAAGGUAAAGAUUGGAAAAAAGCAUUGGAAGAUUUCCUAUUCCACUACAGAGUAACUCCUCAUACAGUAACUGGCACAACUCCGGCCGAACUUUUGAUGGGAAGGAAACUACGUGAAAAGCUCCCGAGAGUUGAAGUUAAUGAAAGUCGUGUCACCGAGACAGAACGGAAACAGCUUUUGAAAGAAAGGGAUGCUCGUGUAAAACUCCGACAGAAAGAAUACGCCGAUAAGACACGCGCGGCCCAAGAUAGCAACAUUAGUGAGGGUGAUCGAGUGUUGUUGAAACAAACGAGGAAAAACAAGCUAACGUCAAGUUUCGAACCACUUCCAUACAGAGUGAUUCGCAGAGAAGGCAAUGCAGUUGUUAUACAAGAUUCUGGUGGAGAUAAUAAGAUGCGAGGAAUAGCGCACAUGAAGAAGUAUGUGGAGCCACAAGUUGUUGAAACUAGAGAAACGUUAGAAACGCCAGUCAUACUUCAUGAAGUUGAGGAAUCGACAGCGCAACCCGUUAGUGCAGAUCCUGCGAAGCAAGAUCAAUCAGACGUACCAAGUUCAGUACCGCAGCCUAGCAGCCCAAGUCCAAAUGUACGACCAUUGCGUGCGAGACGACCGCCAGUUUGGAUGAAAGAUUACGUUUCAUAA